AUGAGUGUUGCAAGUUAUAGUAGAUGUCGUAUUCAAUUUAUUCCGAAUGAUCGACAACGUCCGGAACGUAAUUAUUCAGAUAGAACAUUAAUUGAAUUGAGACAAUAUGAUUUUGGUGAUUAUUCAUUACGAGCUGUUGAUGUCGAUAAUAAUAAAGCCGAAAUCUUUAAUAUUCCAUUUAAACAAUCAGAUCAAUAUAAACGUGGACAAACAGUCAAUCAACCGGAUGAGAUUCAUAGUAAUGCUGGAACUUAUAGGGUUUGGUUGAAUGAUGCUACAUAUAAUCAAUUUCAUAAAGAAUUAGAUAAAUGUAUUGCACAACUAUCUUUUGGUGAACAAUCGCAUUUAACUUUAAACGAAUCAGAUCAAGACACUGAUGACAACGAUACUAAUGACACCAGUGAUACCUCCGAUGAUGAUACUUAUAGUGAACCUGAUACAACUGAUUCACCUAUUGCUUCUCCAAAAGAACUUCUACUCGAUGCUUAUCGUUUGGGUAAAUAUAUUGAAGUAGGUGCUGGAACUGCAGCUGCACAAUUAGCUUCUCAAUUAGCUUCACAAAAUAUUCGACUUCAAGCAAAAUCAUCGAGAACAACUGAAAAUGAAAAAGAAUUCACAAUUUAUGUUCAACUUGAUGGUGAUGAAUAUGGUAUUGAUCAAAAUGGUGGAAAAAUUCCUGUUGAUGUCUUUCAAUUAACAACAGUUCGUGAAUUACGUGCAGCUUUUGAAUUUGCAUAUCAAUAUCCUCCAAAUAAUCAAUAUUUUUUUGUUAAUGGUUGUUUAGCUCAUGAUAAUUCAACAAUGAGAGAUUUAAAUGUUGGACCAAAUUCUUUAUUUGUUUUAUUUGUUUUAACACAUCCAAAAAUAUUUCGAAAUACUGCAAGUGGUUCUUGGGAAUGUUCAAUUUGUAGAAGAACUAAUGAUCAACAUCAUGUUCGAUGUAUGACAUGUACAGCAGCACGUACAGACUGA